CAUGCCCAUUCUGACUUCACCAAUGCUAAGCUAACCAGUUAGCUAGCGUGCAACGUCAGUGCUGACUAGUUUUUAUGGAGUGAAGAUGGCACCUUUUCCCGACGAGGUGGAUGUUUUUACUGGUCCACAUUGGCGAAUGAAACAGUUGGUAGGACUUUACUGCGAGAAGCUGUCACAGACCAACUUCUCCAACAACAAUGACUUCCGCUCAUUUCUUCAGUCACUGUGUGCCACCUUCAAGGAGUUCAAGAUGCACGAACAGAUUGAAAACGAGUAUAUCAUCGGCCUGUUGCAACAGCGCAGCUGCACUGUGUAUAAUGUGCACUCCGAUAACAAGCUCUCAGAGAUGUUGUCCCUGUUUGAGAAAGGCCUGAAAAGCGUUAAGAGCGAGUAUGAGCAGCUGAACUAUGCCCGGCAACUGAAAGAGCGACUGGAGGCAUUCACACAGGACUUCUUACCCCACAUGAAGGAGGAGGAAGAGGUGUUCCAGCCCAUGCUGAUGCAGUACUUCACAUAUGAGGAGCUGAAAGACCUCAAGAAGCAGGUGAUGGCACAGCACUGUAGCCAGCAGCGAUGGGACUGUGCAGCAGAAGUGCUGAAGGGGCUCAGUCUGUGGAGCCAGGCAGAGGAGCUGCACAAGGCCUUCAAGUAUGCUGACCACGAGAAGACUGACGAGCUAGAGAAAGAGCUGUGCUCCACCCACAUCUCCCAGCUACCUACAGAGAUCCUGCUGCAUCUGUUCCGCUACCUGGGUCCUGAGGACCUGUGUCACUGUGGCCAGGUGUCCUCAGCCUGGUCCGACCUGGCCAAGACCGGCUCUCUGUGGAGGCACCUCUACCCUGUACGCUGGGCCAGAGGGGAUCACUAUCGUGGCCCCCCAGCUGAUCUGAAUCAGGAACCGGAUGAGGAGUGGGUGAAGAGUCUGCAGGAUGAGGGCAAGGCCUACCAGGAGUGGGAUGAGGAUGCAGAUGUGGAUGAGUCUGAUGAGACUUGUGAAGACUCAUUGGCUAUAAGCUCAGCUCAGAGGGAGAAGAAGCUACUGAAUGAAAUUAUCCAGAACCUUCUGCCAGCUGUGGGUUCCUCUGUCAGGUCCAUCGUUCUGGCCUACAGCUCUACGGUCUCCAGUAAGAUGGUGCGUCAGAUCCUUAGUCUCUGUCCUAAUCUCACCCACCUGGACCUCACUCAGACUGAUGUCACAGACUCCGCCUUUGACAGUUGGUCAUCUCUGGGGGCAUGUCCAUCUCUUGAGCACCUGGACCUAUCCGGCUGUGAGAAGAUCACUGACCACACCCUGAAGAAGCUGUCCAUUUCUCAGAAACGAUCUGACCGGCAAGCCAAGCUUCUGAAGAGCCCGCCUCCGAUUAGUCUGCUGGAUGAGCGGAUCCUCCAUUUGAUGGGGGGCAGCAAGCAGGCCCUGAUCUUCAAGCAGCGUAUGGGGACACGGUGCAGCAGCCCCUCCAGGGUCUGGGUCCUGGACCCUUCGGAGCUGGCCGACAUAGAGGAUGCAGCAGAGUGGAACCGCCGCGGGGGAGUGUCUACCCCUGAGGGGCGAGGCUUUGUGGCGACGAAGCCAGGAGGUUUGUGUUGCUGCAGGAGGAGUAGGAGGCGGGGCCUCAGGACAAGCUAUAGCACCUCCUACUGGCAGCAGCAGUAUGGGCUUGGGGAGGCCUGCUGUGGCCAUUCAACCUGCUGCACUGGUGAGAUGGCCCUGAGGACUUGUGGAGGGCUGCAGUGUUUGUCUUACACCACCAGGGGCAGUGCAGGGGCAGAGUUUUGGACUAAAUGCUCCUCUGGGGGCCAGCGGUGCCUGGAGCUUUACAACAGAACUGAUCAGUCAGACGCUCGACGCUCGCUGAGAUUCCUCAGCCUCUCUGGAUGCUAUCGGGUUACAGACCUGGGUUUGAGGGCGCUGUCUCAGCGUGGUGGUCUUCCUUUCCUGGAGCAUCUGAACCUGUCUGGAUGUCUCCUCAUCACUGAGGUUGGGCUACAGGAGCUGGUGUCAGCCUGUCCUGCCCUCAAUGAUGAACACUUCUACUACUGCGACAACAUCAACGGUCCCCAUGCUGAUACGGCCAGCGGCUGCCAGAACCUGCAGUGUGGCUUCAGGGCCUGCUGCCGCUCUGGAGAGUGACCUUUGACCUAAGCUUACUUUCUAUGAAACCCCCCUCCCCCCCAUCUGCACUUUAAUCCUCACCAGGGAACAUGCCAUUUGUUGUAUUUUGUCACUUCAGAUAGUUUCUACAUGAAAUGUUAAGUAAAAAGUAGAUUCCUGACAUUUCUUGGAAACACUAAUUUAGAAAAUAAAAUAUAUGGGUGUUGGAUGAAGUAUCUGCAAAUGUAUAUUCUGGUUCCUAAUUUUUGUGGUUUUGAGAAGGUGAUUUGUUUUACACUUGGUAUACGUGAGCACCUAGUACUUGUUUCUGUACAACCGGUAUCCUGUCGUUUCUGACUAGUUCCACCUCCUCUGCUCCUACUUGCUUGUUUUAGAUCACCAAUUUGCGAUUACUGUAGUCUUACUUGGUUUAUUGAAAAUAGAGUAGUCAGAAACAUCAGAUUAUUCACUGUUGUGAUGUGAGGUCCCUUCAUAGGAAAAUAAGCACCCACUAAAUGAUUUAUUACACACAGCUGACAUUUUAAAAUAUUAAUUUUUGUUGUAAAUAGUGGUGAUUCACGCGGUGGAAGAUGCUGUUGCAGCGUAAUGGGGUUUGUCAGUGACGGUUAAGAAUCUGAGGGUGCUGCACAUUUCACUACCAGAGACCACACACACACACACACACACACACUCAACAAAGUUUAAAGUGGUAAAUUGGUUGUGGUCCUCUUAACAAUUUAUGUAUAUUAAUAAAACAAAUGUAUGAUAACGCUAUUGAAGAGUUCCUUCAUGUAGUGUGCCGCUCAUGGUGAAGACUGGUUCUUAUGCUGGCAAGUGGCAACCCAUGUAAGUUAGAUCAGGGGUUCCAACACCUUUUUUUUGUGUUGCUUUGAGACCCAGGUGUCUUGAGGCGCGACCCACCAUUGAGCGGUGUGAAAACAUACACUGGCCAAAGAAUGAGUGAAACAUUAUUUUGGCAGGAAGGUUUAAAGGUAAUAUCUUGCAAUUGUAUACAUUUUGGGAUGGAGCUGAAACAACAUUUUGCAGUUACGAUAAUUUCCUGCAAUUCUAAGCAUUUUGACAUGGCUAAUUGUGUUCUUAUGCUCUAACAUAACAAAAUCAAUGGGAGCCUGAUUGUCUAGGUUUUAUUUUGUUGAUUGUAAGUUUUUAAAAGAUAGUGGGCUAUUAAUAAAUAUAUAGGUCACCCUGGUGGUCAGUUCACUGGUAGAAUUGUCAGAUGGGUACAGGCAUUUCAGGAAUAAAGAGUUAUUGUGGUUUCUGGCUGCAGGUAAUAAAUACCCUUAUGCAAUAUCUCUAUCAACCUUUUAAAUGUAAUUCACAAUGCUCCUUAUCUUUUUCCUUUGUGGCUGGAAACAUUUGAUUGUUCUGAUUUAAUAUUUACUUAAGUAUUUUCCCUUUGUCACUGAUCUUCACUGAAUCAAUGGUAAGGACUGUGAAAUUCACCCACAUUCACAUAAGCACUCCCAGGGCAGAGGGUUACAAAACAAUCUGAGAUCUAGAAUGACCAAAUGGAGCCAAUUUGAAAAGUAGUCCUACUCUGUGAAACCCACUGUGAUUGCUAUACGUAGCACAUCCAUUGUCAGGAGACAUGGCCUGUUCGAACAAUCUGCAUGAGAAGUCGUAUUGGUUAUGUACAAUUUCAAAAGCAGAACAAUAAAAUUAACUUGGGUUUAAAAAA